GCUGGGGCUGCCAUGGCCCCCGAAGGAGGGAAGACCUCUGAGCCGGAGAACAACAAUAAAAAAGCCAAAACCUCAGGUUCCCAGGACUCUCAGCCUUCUCCUCUGGCUCUCCUGGCAGCCACUUGCAGCAAAAUAGGGACUCCUGGUGAAAAUCAAGCUUCAGGGCAGCAGCAGAUUAUCAUUGACCCAAGCCAGGGGCUGGUGCAGCUUCAGAAUCAGCCCCAGCAACUGGAGCUGGUGACCACUCAGCUCGCGGGAAAUGCUUGGCAACUGGUCACUGCUACACCUCCCUCCUCGAAGGAGAAUAACGUGUCUCAGGCGGCAUCGAGUUCUGCCAGCUCCGCCAGCAGCGCCAAUGAGAGCAACUCCCCGACCAAGGCCAAGCCCAGCCAGCCUUCCUCCUCUUCCUCCUCCUCUUCAGGCCAGUUCCAGGUCAUACAGGUCCAGAACCCCAGCGGCAAUGUCCAGUACCAAGUGAUACCCCAACUGCAGGCUGUGGAAGGCCAGCAGAUCCAGAUCAACCCGGGCAAUGCCACAUCCCUGCAGGAUUUGCAGGGUCAAAUCCAGCUCAUUCCUGCAGGGAAUAAUCAAGCGAUCCUUACGGCUGCUAACAGGACAGCUUCUGGGAAUAUUCUUGCUCAAAACCUGGCAAACCAGACGGUGCCCGUCCAAAUUCGGCCUGGGGUCUCCAUCCCGUUGCAGCUACAGACAAUUCCAGGUGCUCAGGCUCAGGUUGUGACCACUUUACCUAUCAAUAUUGGAGGAGUGACUCUAGCCUUGCCUGUGAUCAACAACGUGGCUGCUGGGGGUGGAUCUGGCCAAAUGGGCCAGUCUGCUGCCGAUGGCGGGGCACCCAAUGGGAAUCAGUUAGUGUCCACCCCGACCCCAACGCCCCCUACCACCACUGCUUCUGCUAGUAGUACCAUGCCCGAGUCACCCUCCUCCUCCUCCACCACCUGCCCAGCGUCCACCGUUUCAACAACUCUGACCAGUAGUGACCCCUUAGUGAGUUCAGUGGAUUCGGGCCAGUAUGCCAGUGCUUCAGAACGGGCCUUGGAAGAGCCUCAGCCCCCUGCCCCCGAAUCAGAAGCCCAGAACUCUGGUCAGCUGCAACCUAAUGGCCUUCAGAACACGGCUGCGGCACCACAGCAGGAACAGGCCAGCUCCCUCCAACAGGUGCAGAUUGUAGGGCAGCCCAUUUUGCAGCAGAUCCAGAUCCAGCAGCCUCAGCAGCAGAUUAUUCAGGCCAUCCCACCCCAGUCAUUUCAGCUGCAGUCAGGACAGACCCUACAGACCAUCCAGCAGCAGCCUCUGCAGAACGUCCAGCUUCAGGCUGUAAGUCCAACUCAGGUGCUUAUCCGAGCACCAACCUUAACCCCAUCAGGGCAGAUCAGUUGGCAGACUGUGCAGGUUCAGAACAUUCAGAGCCUUCCCAAUUUGCAAGUUCAGAAUGCUGGCUUACCCCAACAACUCACCAUCACCCCAGUGUCUUCAAGUGGUGGCACAGCUCUUGCCCAGAUUGCCCCAGUGGCUGUGGCUGGGGCCCCAAUAACAUUGAACACUGCCCAGCUUGCAUCCGUGCCUAACCUUCAGACGGUGAGCGUGGCCAACCUGGGGGCUGCGGGUGUCCAAGUGCAGGGAGUUCCAGUGACAAUCACUAGUGUGGCCGGUCAGCAGCAAGGCCAGGAUGGAGUGAAAGUGCAGCAGGCUACCAUCGCCCCAGUGACAGUGGCUGUUGGCGGCCUCACGAAUGCCACGUUAGGGGCCGUCAGCCCUGACCAGAUCACUCAGUUGCAGCAAGCCCAGCAGACGUCCGAGCAGGAAGUGCAACCUGGCAAGAGGCUGCGGAGAGUGGCCUGCUCCUGCCCUAACUGCCGAGAGGGGGAGGGACGAGGCACUAACGAGCCAGGCAAAAAGAAGCAGCACAUCUGUCACAUUGAAGGAUGUGGGAAGGUUUACGGCAAAACCUCCCACCUGCGGGCCCACCUGCGCUGGCACACUGGAGAGAGGCCCUUUGUGUGCAACUGGAUCUUCUGUGGCAAGAGGUUCACAAGGAGUGAUGAGCUGCAGCGGCACCGGCGGACCCACACAGGUGAAAAGAGGUUCGAGUGCCCUGAAUGCUCUAAGAGAUUUAUGCGGAGCGACCAUCUCUCCAAACACGUCAAAACUCAUCAGAAUAAGAAAGGUGGAGGAACAGCCCUUGCCAUUGUGACCUCUGGGGAACUGGACGCCUCUGUGACUGAGGUGCUCGGCUCCCCGAGAAUUGUGACCGUAGCGUCCAUUUCACAGGAUUCAAACCCAGCAACUCCUAAUGUUUCAACCAACAUGGAGGAGUUCUGAGAGAGGACUGACCCAGAGAC